UUAAACUUGUCUGUAAGUCCCAUCCUAAACUACCUUAUAAACCCUAGAAUUACAUCGACAUAACUAGAAUUUUUUUUCAUAGGUAGCUACUUAUAAACCCUAGAAUUACAUCGACAUAACUAGAAUUUUUUUUCAUAGGUAGCUAAGAAAAAGACGUAAAAUCAGCAUUCAUCCAGCCAAAGAAGUCGUGCAGGCGGGGACAAAUUUGAUUAAUUUGCGAGGCCGAUUGAAAUUCCGUGCCAAUUUAUUCAACAGUAAACGAAUCAGAGCGAGCAACGCGUAAUUUCCAUGUGUUAAAGCGUUGUACUUUGCUGAGAUUGUCCAGAGGAGCUCAAUUCUUCGGAGGCGCGUCAGCCAUCGCUUUCAACAGUAUGGAAUUCAGAGUUUUGAUCGUCACGUCACCAAUUCUCUUUGUCAGCACGGCCUCACUUCAUCAAGAUUUUUGGAAAACAGAAAUCCGCAGCCAAUAACUGUGCCCUGUCCAGAGAGCUGGGAAAAUGGGGAUCCUAUUUCCACUUUUUUAAAACCCUUGCUAGCACUGUAUUUGUCUGUAAAGCAGAUGCACAUUUCACUCAGUUUCUUUGAUUACGUCUCUUUUAUCCGCUUGAUACGCAAUCCAAGAAUGUGGCCCCGGGGCGCAAAUAAUUCAGGCCACGUGUUGUUAUUUUAACUGGAUCGACUCCAAUUAUACUCCAAGAUAACCAGUACAAUGCGUCUCAUCGUAUUCCUGAAUAUUAAUAAUGUGCUGCGCGCGCCUGUUUUAUUUAUUUGUGUAGCAGAGCUCACAAGAGUUUCAUUUUAUUUUCUUGUUUCGCUUUGUUUUUUGUGUCUAGGGUUUUAAGAAUUUCUAGGGAUUUUUAGAUAGUGACUGCAAGAAAAUAUUUAAAAGAAAAGGGCGGAGUGAGUGAGGGCGUGUAUGAGAUUUGGCAAAAUGAACUCCAAAUGGAUGAGCUUUAAGGCUUCUGAUAGAGGGAAACUGAAGAAAGGGCCCUGGACUUUCGAUGAAGAUAUUCGUCUUCUUCGGUAUAUAAAACUUCACGGUCCCGGUCGCUGGAGCGCUUUGGCCAAAGCUUCUGGGCUUCAGAGAUGCGGCAAAAGUUGCAGACUGCGGUGGGUGAAUUAUCUUCGCCCAGAUCUAAAGCGUGGCAGCAUAACCCCUGACGAAGAACGUCUCAUCUUGGAUCUCCAUGCUCGGCUAGGGAACAGAUGGUCUUUGAUAGCGGAAAAGAUUCCCGGCCGAACAGACAACGAGAUCAAGAAUUUCUGGAGAUCGCGAGUCAGGAAAAGGCGUCCACCAUCCCAAUGUUCAGAGGAUCAUGAAGAACUUACGACCGCAUCUAAUAUGGUAACUAACUCAACGCCCACGGAAGACCAAAUCCUGUUACUAUCUCCCUCACAGACUGCAAUUUGUGAAAAUAGUCCGCCAAAUUUAGCGGUCUCCGAGUCCUCGGCCAGUGCUAAUUUGCAUGAUGAGCAUGGGUGUGAGGGAUUAAAUAAUGGCGAUCAGAGCCAGGUGGAGGAUUUUCAUUGUGGAGGGGUGAAAUGGGAACAAGACGACGCAUAUUGCAAAUUUCCAUGGCUAGAACAAGAUGCAACUGCAGCAAUUGUGUACCAGCUUUAUUUAGGGGUCCAUUUAGAUGAUAUUUCAGCCUCAAAUCCUUUGUUUGAGACCUGUACCAACACAGACUUAACUGCAAUGUCAACCCAUUCAUCUCAACAAUCAGAUUGUUGUCUUGAUCUGGAGGCGUCCAAUAUGUUAUGGAAUAAUCAAUUCCACUGCAAUAAUCAAUAUUAAACAAAUAUGAAGAGUGAUUAUCACGGGUCUAGUCAUUGUAGAUAAUUGCCAACCAAAAGGAUUUGGUAUUGUGAUACACUCCAAAUUUCAUAUUUCUAGAGGUAACUGUAUAAGUAUCAUUGGCUGCAUAAGAAGUUUCUUACAGCCAAAGCAAUGUAUAUUCUUAUUUUCUUUGUUUUUUA